CUGUCUUACUUAAAAGCUACGCAUCAGUCAUAGUUUCUAAGAAGAGAAAUAGGUCAGUCUAUCGGUAAGAGUUGUAGAAAGAACAGUUCCCACACCAUCCAGGAAUGCACAAUAUGGAUCUAGGCGGAGACAGCCACACGAGGGUUUCGUAUAGAAACAACCCUAACUUCUGUGAGAGGAUAGGGCGAAGUUUGGUGGCAAUAUUGGUUGGAAUUGCUGUGAUAAUUGUUGCAGUUUGUCUGCUUUGGUGGAAUGAGGGGCGAGCAGUCACGACGGCCAGAUCUCUGGAGGAAGGACUGGAUCGAGUGGUAUCGCUGGGUACUAUUCAUGUUGCAUUUGAUCAGAAUAAUGGAAAGCUGGUGCACCUAACUGGGCCUCUUAAGACUGGAAAGGUUUUAAGUGAUUCUGCAUAUGGAGUAUCUGUGCGUGCAGUAAAGUUGAAAAGACACGUAGAGAUGUACCAGUGGGUGGAACAUGAACACAGGAGGGAAGUGAAUGAAGGAGAUAAGACCAGAGAAGAAGUCACUUAUUCUUACUCUAAAGAGUGGAAAUCAGAAGUCAUUCAAAGUAGCUCUUUUGAUAACCCAACAAGACACCAUAACCCAAACUCCAUGGCAGUAAAACCAAAUGUAUUUAUAGCAGAGGAUGCACAGGUCGGGAAUUUUUAUUUGUCAGAAAAUCUGAAGAGUAAAAUUACCAAUUACAAGCAAUUAAAACCACAACAUCCUCCACCAGAUGGGAGCGUAAAGCUUGUUGAUGGAGUAUUUUAUCAUGCGCAUGACCCCUUCAAUCCACAGAUUGGUGACAUAAAGGUGACGUUUGAGUAUGCUGGGGUAAGCAGUGGAGACAGUGCCAGAGCUCCUGACAUGGUUAGUAUUGUUGCUAGGCAACAGGGCAGUCAGUUGACAAAAUAUCAGACGGAGGCUGGCGAUGUGUUGGAGAUUCUAUAUCUAGGAGAACUCACUGCAGAGGAAAUAUUUGAAAAAGAACAUGCGCAGAAUAACAUCUUCACCUGGCUCCUGAGGCUGGCGGGAUGGUUUGUCAUGUUUGUGGGAUUUGGAUUAUCCACCAGUAUUAUAAACACAUUAGUGGACUGGAUCCCUAUUGUACGAGAGCUGGUUGGACUGGGCAUGUGCACCUUAAACAUGACGAUGUCCAUGAGCCUGUCCAUCACAGUGAUUGCCCUGGGCUGGAUAAGGUACAGACCCUGGUUUGGGUUCAGUAUUCUGGCCUGUGCCAUGAUUCCAGUGCUCCUGUCCAAAUACAGGGUAUCAAGUCUAAAUUCUAGAGACAGAAGGCUGUAGGGGUGAUAUGUGUUUGGAAUGCGUUAGUUGUGACAACCGGUCAGGUGUGACAGUGUGUCGGUUGUGCCAGUUGUGGCAAUUUAAAAUCAGUUGAUGUUUGCAUUGCAUUUUUAAUGUUCUAGCAGUUGUCAUGUAUUAGAUUCCUAUGUGAUACAGGGUAUGUCACCCAUUGAUUUGUCCCGUCCUAAAUUUUGACCUGUUAAUGUCAUGCAGACUCUCAGUUUCAUUACACUAAUACUGUAGUUGUCUCAAAAAAGAUUUCAUCAGAGGGGGAAACUUUAACUGAAACAAAGAAGCAUAUUCAAAUGUGUUAGCAGUUAUAUUGUGUUGGACUUAAGAAUGUGAUUAGGAGAAAAAAGGAUAUUUAGGGUAAAAAGUUUUCAUUACAGAAGUCUACAGUGAAUAAUUUUUUAAUGUCAUGUGAUAUAAAAGACAGGUUGGAGGAGACAUUUGAAAUCAAAACUUCAUUACUAAGGAGUGGUUGCUUUGUGAGAUGUAAUUAUUAUAAAAUUUUGAGGAUGGACAAAAAGUUACAAUGAGAUUGGCAGUGUUGUGUGAGAUAAAAAUUGACAUCAGUUUGAUUGUUAUGAGUAUUAGACGAAUGCAAAUAUAUUAGUAAAUGAAAAGUUCCCAGAAUAAGGACUUGCGGUUACUUGCAUAUAUAAGUAUGUCCCAAUUAUACUGAAACUGCUAUCAAGGGCGUUUGAUAUGUCUCUAAUAAAACUUUUGCUCAAGAAUAAUAUUCUGCAUGAAGAAAUGCAUGGAAUUGAGGUAUAAAUAUUGAUGCUUAUUACUAUGAAUUUUCAUGAUUUUCAAUUUAAGGAAACAGUUGUACAUAAUUUUCAGGUUUUAUUUGUACUUCAUACUGCCCAAUUUGCUACUCGACAUGUUUCUAGUGGUAUGAUAUACUUAACAGACAAAAAAAUUAUUGAUACCAGUAAAUUUGAAACUGUAAUGAUAACUUAACUCGAAAUUUGUUUUACUUUAGAUAUGAUAUUUUCACCUUCAUGACUGUCAUAUUAAUUAUCCAUGAAGAUGUACAUAGUUAUAACUUUAAGUUUACUUAGUUGGUUUUUAAUUUAUUUUGACUUUCAUUUUAAUCAGAGGGUGGUGCACAGCCAUUGCUUUCACUUAUAACUGUUUAUAAUAAUUUCAUAUAAUUAUCUAUACAUUGUAUAAUUGUGAAUUGUUGUUACUGAUAAGUACAUGACUCACUUAAAGGGAUUAGAUGAUAUUCACAUUUUAUUAAAUAUAUAAAAUGAAAGACAUAUCAGGAAGUUGGUUCACAAUGGGCCAAGAUGUACACUUAGCGCGCAUUCAGAACAGCGCACUAACAGAUUCGCGGAUCAAAUAUGACGACCCACUAAAAAAUUUGUUGCUUUUAAAAUUCCUGUUUAGACACUGAAAAGAUUCCCUUGGGAUUAUGCAACAAGCAUUCAAGCAGGUGGGCCAUAUUUAAUCUGUGUAUCUGUUAGUUCGCUGUUCUAAAUGUGCUCAGACAGCAUGGCAGGAUCCAGUUUGGAUAAAUCAUAGGCAGAUCCUUGAAACCCUGAUAUAAAUAUUUCAUACGUGUUUAUGCUGCAUUAAGUCAUAUUUUAAAAAGGGAGUUCAUAUUGACCCUUACAGUGUUUUUGUUAAUUAUUUUUAUGUAUUAUGUUGUUUAUUAGUAUAUAAUAUCCAAAGUCUAGUUGUUGGAAAUUGUUCUGUUGCAUGAAUGUUUGCAUUGUACCAUGUUGACAGUGUUUCUAACAAUAUUUGUUUAUUCAAGACAUUGUCAAGAAAAGCUUUAAAUAAUUGUUUAUGCUACCUUAUGCACUAAAACUGUUGAAAAUGUACAUUAAUGACACAAUUUGAUGGCCCAAAGUUACAUUACAACAAAACAAGACUGCUAAGCACAUUUUUUUACAAGUAUAACUUACAGUUAAGAUGGAUUUUUGUGCAACUUUCCCUUAAAAUGGCUGGAUGCAGUCCAGUAAAUAAAUAAAAGGGAUAUUUUCUUUCAUAGUACACUGUGUCCUUCAGUAUAUAUAUAUGUCUACUAAAAGCUGGUAUUGCGUAGUUAUUCACAGAUCAUUUAAUUUAUUUAUGUUUAAAUGUGGGUUAUAUAUAAUAAAUAGAUUACAGAACUUUGGAUGAAUUGUGCUGGAUAUAAAAUGUUGCAUUCUAACCACAGUGGGAAUACUAUAGGACAAAUAUCAUAUUUAUGUUAUAGCUUUUCAUGCCAAAGAUGUUCUAAUUUGUGGAAGUCAGAUUACGUUCCAAAGUCGUAUUCUGUGCUAUGGGUAAUUAUUGUUAUUAUUGUAUUCAAACAAUGUAAGUUAACGUGUUUUAAUAUAAUGUUACCAGAUUAGCAUAAGGAGAAAAACAAUAAUUGAAAGUGGAAUUUGGUGGAAAUUGUUUCUUUAAAAAUUUUUAAUGGCUCUCAUUAUAUUAGACUUACACAGAUUAGGUAUGGAGAGUAAAACUAUUUUUUUUAAAUUUGUUUCAAUUUGUUUAAAUUUAUAUUUUUAAAUCCUAUAAGUUUCAUUUUAUAGAGGUGCAUAUUACAAGACAAUCCAAUGACAUGAUCUUUAAUUUCCAGUUGUAAAUAUAAUUUCUUUUAGUUCUUGGGUUUUAAGGACAAUUAAUAAAGCUCAUUUUCCCCUGACAAGUUCCAAAAG